GGUGCCGUUUGAAUCGAGGAGAAGGUUUUGUAGGAAGUUGCUAGGUGGACUCCAGAUAAGAGUGCCUGUGCCUGUGCCAAAACACUGGGGAGGUGGAAUCGCCUGGCAUGCUGGGAUAGCAGAGUAGAUAGAGGAAGAAGCGGGGUUUGAGAGUUAGAAAGCCGUGGACCAGAUCAUGGCGGGUUUGUGCUGCUCUUCCCUGUGUGCUAGCAUUCAGGAGCAUUCGUGAAUUCAAGUCAGAGGACUGUCACCUGUCCCGGUGCAGGAUGGACUGAAGAUCUGAAGUGCAAUGGACCUGCCCGUGGACGAGUGGAAGUCGUACAUCCUUCAGAAGUGGUCUCUGCUCCCCACGGCCGUCCAGCUGACAAUCGCCACAGCAGAGACGUUGAGUGAUGUCUUUCUGCUCUCCUCCUCGCUCCUUCAACCUGAGGAUGAGAUGUUUUUAAAAAGCCUCUCAAGAGGUUACUUCGUGGGAAAGGACCCUGCUGCUCCCCUUUUCUACAGAGAAGAAGGAAACAAAAAAUUCCAGGAGAAAGACUACACAGGGGCUGCAGUGCUGUACUCUAAGGGAGUGUCUCAUUCAAGGCCCCACACUGAGGACAUUGCACUCUGCUAUGCCAAUCGCUCUGCUGCCCUCUUCCACCUGGGUCAGUUUGAAGCAUGUCUUGAAGACAUUGGCAGAGCACAGCUGCACGGGUACCCAGAAAGACUGCUGCCUAAGAUGCUGCUGCGUAAGGCAGAGUGUCUGGUGGCCCUGGGGAGACCACAGGAAGCGAGCCAGACCAUCACCGACCUUGAGAGUAAUCUCACUUCCCAAGCAAGUCUAGCACUUUCCCCCUUUCAGACUCUGCAGAGAAACCUUCAUCAUCUGAAAAUGAAGGUACGAGACAAGGAGGCUGUCAUGGAAACCUUCCCAGCGGUGCUAGCCAACGCCUUGGAGAACAUGGACCUCAGGGAAGAGAGCGAGCAAGUUUCCAGCGCAUCAUCAUCUGUCAGUUUAGGCACAGACCCUUCAAAAGGCCGCUGCCUAGUUGCCACGAAGGAUGUUCUCCCGGGAGAACUCCUGGUGAAGGAGGAUGCUUUUGUGAGUGUCCUUAUCCCCGGGGAGGUGCCACCCCUGCCUCACGGCCUGGGGAGCAGGUGGGAUACCAGAAUUUCCAACGGGGACCUCUACUGUCACCGAUGCUUGAAGCACACUCUGGCCACGGUUCCCUGCGAUGGAUGCAGCUAUGCCAAGUAUUGCAGCCUUGAGUGUUUGCGGCGGGCCUGGGAGCUGUACCACAGUGCAGAGUGUGCUCUUGGGGGGCUGCUGCUCACACUCGGCAUCUUCUGCCACGUUGCGCUGAGGCUGACUCUCGUAGCCAGAUUUCAGGAUUUCGGCAAAGUCAUCAGGAAGCUCUGUGAUGAGAUUAAUAGCAGGGCCGUCUGUGUGCCUGAAAGCAAGGAUCCAGUCAAGACGCUCAGUAAUGGGCUGGGAGAGCGUGAAACAAGUGGCACAGCAGUUGAGACCCCAAUUCCUGGGUGUGGUGUUAAUGGGAAGUAUGAAAAUAAUUAUAAUGCCGUCUUCAACCUUUUACCCCAGACUGAGAACCAUAGCCCCGAACACAAGUUCCUGUGUGCUCUCAGCGUUUCUGCGCUGUGCAAGCAGCUCCAGGCAGCUGGUUUUCAGGCCCUCACAGCUGGCCUAAAAUCCUCGAAGCUGAAGGCAGCGGUGGCUCCUGAUUUGUGUCCAGAUUUGCAUGUCUGGGGCGUGGCCCUGCUGCGGCACAUGCUGCAGCUGCAGUGUAACGCCCAGGCCAUAACUACCAUCCAGCAGACAGGAUCUAAAGAGGGCAUCAUUACCAGCAGCCGGCAGGUGCGCCUUGCCACAGGCGUCUUCCCUGUUAUCAGCCUCCUAAACCACUCCUGCAGCCCCAACACCAGCGUGUCCUUCGUGGGCACUGUCGCCACCGUUCGGGCAUCACAGCACAUCAGACGAGGGCAAGAAAUUCUCCACUGCUAUGGGCCUCACGUGAGCCGGCUGGGCAUCGCUGCAAGGCAGCAGAAGCUGAAGUCACAGUAUUUCUUUAACUGCAGCUGUCUGGCUUGUCAAACUGAGGCUCACGCAACAGCUGCGGCACCCAGGUGGGAAGCCUUCUGCUGCAGCAGUUGCAGAGCGCUCCUGCAGGGCGGUGACGUGCUGAGCUGCAGCAGCGGAUCUUGUACGGAAGCCGUCAGCAGAGAUCACCUGGCCGCUCGGCUGCGGGACCUUCAGCGGCAGACUGGGCUGGCCCGGGAGCUUCUCAGAAGUGGUGAGCUAGAGAAAGCCAUUCAGCAGCUGUCGGGGUGCCAGCGUGAUGCCGAGAGCUUCCUGUGGGCAGAGCACAGCGUGCUGGGAGAAAUCGAGGAUGACCUCGCCCAGGCCUACGCCGCCUUGGGGGACUGGAAGAAAUCGGCUGCCCAUCUGCAGAAGAGUCUCACAGUGGUUGAGGCUCGCCAUGGCCCGUCCAGUGUUGAAAUGGGCCAUGAGCUCUUCAAACUGGCCCAAAUCCUGUUCAACGGGUUUGAAGUACCCGAAGCUCUGAGCACGAUACAGAAGGCAGAGACGGUCCUGGCCGUGCACUGCGGCCCCUGCAGUGAUGAGAUCCAGGAGCUCCAGCAGAUGAAAUCCUGUUUAUUGGACUUGCCACCCGUCCCUGUGGGGCCCUCAGCAUAGGGUUCCCAGAGUGACCCUCAGAGAGCAGCCCCAGGAAGACAAGUUAAAAGAGGCUCUGUUGCUGCCAAACUUAGCCAAGAAAGAUAGGACUUGCCCAGCGGUCCCAAGCCCGGUGCAUGAGGGCAGGGAGGGCUCAGAAAACACCCCAGUGAGAGGGAGCUACUCGCCUAUUUUAAUGACUGGUUCUUUUUUCUUUUACGUUAAGAUUUAUUUUUUAUUUAUUUGAAAGGCAUAGUGAAAGAAAGAGAUCUUCCAUCCGGCUGGUUCACUCCCCAAAUGGCCCCAAAUGGCCGGGGCCAGGCCAGGAUGAAGUCAACAGUCAGAAGCCUCUUCUGGGUCUCCCACAUGGGUGCAGGGGCCCAAGCACUUGGGCCAGCUUCGGCUGCCUUCCCAGGCGCACUGGUAGGGAGCUGGGAUUAGAAGAAGAGCAGCCGGGACUCAGAUCAGCACUCAUACUGGAUGCCAGUGUUCCAGGCCACAGCUUGACCCUCUGUACCACGAGGCCAGCCCCUAAUAACUGUUUAUAGACACAGUUAACAGUCCUCCAAUAAAAAAACCCAGUUCCCAGAAAAGGCUUAGAACUAAUCUAGUGUCUAGAGAGUGCUGGUCCUUUAAGAGGAUUUUAACUGAUCUUCAGGCAUCUGGAUGUGAGCCUGGGGUUUUGGCCGGAUUCCACCUCACUCGGUGAUGAUAGCUGGAACAUUCCGGGGGCUUCUAGUAGUCAUGUGUUGCACACCACUCCAGUGGGAACUAAACCCUUGAUAAUUAUAUUGUAAUUGAAAAAAUAAAGCAAAGACUCCACGAGACACACAGUUGCACUCAGGGUCUCUAGCUUCCCCCAACCCUCUUUCGCUACCCCUGCAGUCUAAGCUGUGAGUGGAGAAAAAGGACAGGACCCUCGUUGGACAGUUUCUUCCAGGGAUGGCCACUCUUAAAUUUGUUUUCAACCAGUUUGCCGGCCGUCUGGCUUGGAGUCUGUCUGCUUGGCAGCCUCACUGACCAAGCACUAAUACAGUCAAAUUUGUGGGAAAGACUUUAUAACACGUGCGCCUCUGUCCAAGUUCUCCUAUUGAUCAGCAAGCCUAGAAAGAGACCACUGCUCCUACCAGGCCUCCCCAUGCAGCAGAUGAAAUCCAGACGGCGUGAGUACGGGAAAGGGCGGCGAGGGAUUUCCAAAAAUGCUAGGGUGUGGAUGUCGCUGCUGUGGUUUCAAACUUCAGAGGCAGGAGGUGGAGACGAUGGCUGCCUUCCACCGGGACGUGGAGCAGUGGUGCAGGCCCCAUCCUGGUCAGAAGGCCGCCGGAUUCUCUGGGUCUGACCUCUGGUUGCUAGAUCACCACUGGUGACUGAGGGUUCAAAUGAGUUCGUGGGAAAGAUUGCCAGGUCCACACUGCUUUUGAGAGUUUGCCGGCCCUGGCCAUGCCCAGGAAGUGCCCAGUGGUUGCCAUGGCAUCAUAAUUAGGAAAUGAAUAGCCCUGCAGAGGCUGGCAGAGGCUUCGCAGGAAGCCUAGUGUUUGGAGCACAGGCAGCGCUCAACAUCUGCGAGGUGAAAGGUGGGCAGCACUUCAUCCCUCCUCCUUUCUAGUAACUCGUCGUGGCCAGGGCUGGUCAGCGCGGUUUCUGAAAAGAGAAACUUUACCCCCACAGACAAUUCUGUAGUUACCUUGUCCCCAGACUUGCCGUAUUCCGCGUCCCUGAAAAGGACCCUAUUGUACUUUGUUAAAUGGGUAUACUCCCUUAAAAGGAAGGUUUCUGGGUGGGCGUUGGGGCACUAUAAGCCAAGCCACUGCUUGGGACACCCACAUACCACAUUGGAGCGCUGGUUCCAGUCCCAGCUACUCCACUUCCAACCCAGCUUCCUGCUGAUGUCCCUGAGAAGGCAGUAGAUGAUGGCUUUAAGUGCUUGGGCUGGGAGACUCUGCUGGAGUUCAUGGCUCCUGGCUUCAGCCUGGCCCAGCCCUGGUUGUUGCAGCCAUCUGGGGAGUGAACAGUGGACAGACGAUCUCCUCUCUUUCUUCUGUCUCAGUCCCUCUCCGUCAUUCUGCCUUUCAUAUAAAUAAAUACAUCUUUUUUCUUUAAUUUCAGAAUUUUUAUAUAUCAAGUCCCAUUUUAUGUAUACUUAAAAGUUUCUCUACAUGUUUUAUAAAAUAAUUAUUUCCUGACUUACAAAUUACUUCCUUAUCUAUCCAGAUGUUAUCCCAUGUUGUCACAUGUGACAUUAGCUUGACUGCUUGCAUGAAAACCUAGUCUGGUUUAUUUUAAAGCCUGAUUCCUGGUUGUGGGGGACAGGGAGUCAGUGGUCCUAGUGCAUCAACACCCCCAGAGCAGAAAAACAACCCUUACAGUAUUAUACAAGGCAGAUAACUAAUAGUGGUGACUUCCUGCAGAGUUUAAUACAACCAGGCUAUAAGUUAAAGACCAGCAAACUCCUGAAGGGCAAUUUAUCUUCAUAUUAAGCUUAGCAUAGCUAAAAUCAGGAGGAACAAAGUAACAAAAAUGAAAGAUAAAGCUCUUUUAUUGCAAAGUAUACACUGAAACGUUACCACGGCAGCUUUAAUGUAAUGUAUAAUCUGCCAUCCCUCUGGGGUCUUCUUUUAGGCUACUGGGACAUUAAACCGGAGCAUUAAGUGCCCCUGGGGUCCAGAAUCUUGCCUACGAAGAGCAGGGCCCCUGUGUCCGAGUCCCUCAGCACAAAGAUGAAAGGCUGGUUCAGGUGGUAGUCCAGGGAGAAGGCGAGGCGGGCAGGCUGCACCUCUGGCCCCGGGCUGGUUGCCGCCCCGUCCUCAUUCCACUCAAAGCCAGCCCGGUGUUCCACGUGCGUGAGCUUGAUGGGCUUGCCUGUGAUCUUGCUGAAGUCAGGUGACUCAAACAAGGGUUGCAGCUCUGCGAGAUUGGGAGAGAGUCUCAUGGAAACCUGCCUUAUCCAGCGCCCCAGGGAGGAUUUCUCAAGCAGGCAACAAGCUGGGAGCAAAGCAUCGCCUUUGACCUGCUGUGAGACAGGCAGGCCUCGGGCUGGCGGAGGGUUGCGAGACUCGCCAGGGCACACAAGUAAGGUUUAGAUUAGAAGCCAGGUCAAACAGACCUGUCUGGGAGGUAGAGUCCUGUGUCCUGUUAGGGCACGUAUGUUCCCAGGGCUAAGCAAUGAGGCCGAUAAGCAAGGCUGCUCAGUCUCCUUGCCCUGACCCCAGCACUAUUACAAUAGAGGAACCAUCUGGGGCCUCCCCACGGGACCAUGGAACCCGUGAGUUCAAGGCUCAAAGACUCAACCCCAUCCCACCCGCCAAGAGCAGGGCGGUCUGGCAGACAUACUUAUCUCCUGCAGGGCCUUAGUGACUUCGCCUUCAAAACUCAGCUUCAGCCUGGGGAUGCUCAGGGCCGCCUGGAUAGUCUUAAGCUCUCGGUCUAUGUCAUGAAUGAACUCGGAGGUGAGGCUUUCUUCUAUCAAGGUCAAGUUCUGAGUUGGUCUCAGGGGCAAGAAGAAGAUGAUGCUCAUGCUUCCAGUCAGGGGCAGCUGGGCGAUCUGAAACAGCAGGAAGUGCGGGGGUUAGUAUCAGGGCCCAAGAGCCUGGGGACAGACACUCCCCAAGGGCUGUCUUCCCUGUCCUGUGGUGGGCCUGGGCCUCGUGUCUCCCUCAGCCCCGAUAGAUGUGGCAGUUGGCCCUCUAGGUUUGUGCUUCCUGGCAGCAAGUCACCUCCGAAUGUUCCUUCCACACGUAGGCUGUUGCCCCCUUCCUUAGCCUAAAACCAAGUGAAGCUGCUGCAGAGGCCCUUCUGUGGGUCUAAGGAACACGAGCUGAAUUCCAGGUCUCUCUUCGCCCAGAGUCCAUCUGCUAACAUUUACUGACCAUCUGUCGUGUGCAGAGCACUGGACUAGAAGUGCUAGGGGGCGGUGGACACAGCUCUACAGAAACAGCAUUAACAAAAGUGAUUAACCUAACGGCUGGCAUUGUGGUGCAGCAGUUUAAGCUGCUGCUUGGGAUACUUGCAUCGCAUAUCAUCAGAGCGCCCGGGAUCAUGUCCCAGCCCCUCCACUUCUGACCCUGCUUCCUGCCUUUGCACUUGGGAGGCGGCAGUUUAUGGCUGGUUCCUACCAGCCAUGUAGGAGACCUGGAUGGAGUCCUGGAUUCUGGUAUGGUCCUGGCCUAACCUUAGCUGUUGACGUCAUUUACAAAGUGAACCAGCAGAUGAAAGAUUCUCUCUCUCUCUCCCACCACCACUACCCCAGUCUGUCACUCUACCUUUCAAAUAAAUAAAUAAACCCUUUUUUUAAGUUAUUAACCUAAAAAUCCACAGGAAAAAUGGAGUCCCAGUGCCAAAAGCCCCCUGAAGUCACAGACAAGAAGUGUGUUCAUGCACUCGUGGGGCAUCCCAGCCAGUGCCCCGGGCUCUGGUCAAAUCCUCAGAUCCGUGGCCCAGCAAAGGUUCACAGCUACCACUGACUUAGAGCUAAUACUCAUGGAUGCCUCGAAUGCCAGCAGCGUGGAGGCUGUGACAGGUCUGUUUGUUUCAAAUUUGAAGGUCUCCAAAAAAUGAAAGAUGGCAACUCUGCCCAAUCUUGCCGGACCCUUAAUCCUUACAACAAACUGAGAAGGUGAGUUUUGAUAGCCUCCCCCCGCCAUUUUGAGAACAGGGGUGGUUCAGAGAUGUUGCUGACUUGCUCAAGUCACACAGCAGGCAAAAUGUAGGCAGCUGUCUGUCUCCAAGGCCACACCAUGCUGCCUCUGCCCUCCCCGCACUCCCACUGUCCACCCCAGUGCUACAGACCUUGCAGUUGAGAUCAGAAUCCAAGCCAUAGCGUAAAGUGGCCUUGGGGUCUGACAUCAUGGGGACUCUCACGGUCCUCUCCUCAUCCAAGUGGAAAUCCUGGAGGGAAGUCUUUCUGGAGUCAAACUUUGUUACCCACUGCCCUGGAAUGAAAGGAAAAGUGUCCUGAGCCCCAGCGGACAGGGCCGGUGGAAACUGCCCAGCUGGAGGGCUCACCAUCGCCCAAGGUCCUGACACAGCAGGCAGUCACUCCAUCUCGGCGUGUGGUUUGGACCCGAAUGCCUUCCCCAAGCAAACUCAGAUGGACAUAAGCUAAUUGUGUUCAGCAGAAAGCAAACUGGUGUGUACACCUACACUGAUGUCUCUGGGUGGGUGACAGAAUCGAAGGAAGUCACAGCUGGGAGGGACCGCCAAUGUCAGAUCACCCUUCGCUGCCACCCACACACGUGGCAUGGUGUGCGGAUACCCUCCAAGCAAGCCCACGCCCAAGCGCCUUCCGUGUCCUGGGUGUGUCACUGCCCUCCCACUCACUGGACAGCACUGCGGGAAGUAGGAAGCCGUCAGACUUUUCUCUAGCGGGGGGUGGGGGGGUCCCUUCUUGCCACCUGGUGGGUGGUUACAAAGCACUUGAUGGGGGACGUUGCCCAAACAGCUCUCCAGGGCCUUACUGAACCUGACUGGGGCAGUCCUCACACUGGGCACAUCAGCACAACAUGGCAGAAGAAUGCAGGUGGAUGAGCACACGCCAUGUCCCCGCUACGGUACCAGGGUUGCUGUGCAAAUGAGAGGUAACAUCUGCAAAGGGUCUAUAAAGUAGGUGUAUGGUUUUCACCAUCAGUUGAGAAAGCAGGCCUAAAGAGUUAUGAAAUUUGUGCAGGGUAAAGGCAGAGCCAGAAUUUAUACCUGGUCUAGGGGCUGGCCCUAUGGUUCAGUGGGUUAAGCUGCCACCUGUAACGCCAGCAUCCUGUAUCAGAAAGCUGGUUCAAGUCCUGGCUGCUCCACUUCCAGUCCAGCUCCCUGCUAAUGUGCCUGGGAAAGCAGCGGAAGAUGGCCAAGUCCUUGGGCCCCUGGAUCCAGGUGGAGUACCUGGCUCCUGGCUUUCAUCUGACCCAAUCCUGGCUGUUGUAGCCAUCUGAGGAGUAACCCAGUGGACGGAAGAUCUCUUUCUCUCUCAUUCUAACUUAAAUAAAUAUUUAAAAACAAAUAAA